CCUAAUUAUGCAGCAGAAAACAACAGCUAUUAGGUGAACCAACUUCAGAAUAGUUUCCCUGGAAUGUUGAAGUGAGCUUAAAUGUGUUUCCUUAGCCUUUUCUUCAAGCAAACGUUUUAAUCCAGUGAAAAAAGGUCCAGCGAACACAUUAAUAUCGCUAUGUUACUUAAGAAAGAUUGCUAAAAGCACUUUAUCUAAUUUUAGGGAUGACAACUUCUCCAGCCGAAAUAAAGCAAGGUUUCAAAAGAGCUUUUGCUGCUCCAUGGCCAGAAAAUCUUCGUUAUCAGGAUGAUGGCCGACCUUUCUGGAAGCUUAUUGUUUCUGAAGCAACUGGUUGUAGUGACAAUACCUACUUUGAAGAAGUAUACGAGCACUAUGCAAGUGGUGAGGCAUGGCAUCUUCCAGCUGGAGCCUAUGACGCCAUAUUGAUUCUGAAACGUUCAGGAGUCAAACUGGCCGUUGUAUCCAACUUCGACACCCGGUUGAGGAAGAUAUUGAAAGAUCUGAAUGUGUUGGAUCUAUUUGAUGCUGUUAUCAUAUCGUCAGAAGUUGGACAUGAAAAACCAGAUAUAAAGAUAUUCAGAGCUGCUUUAGAUCAGAUCAGUGUGGAAGCAAUAAAAACUGUUCACGUCGGAGAUGAUGAAAAGGCUGAUAAAGGGGGAGCAACUGCUGCUGGAAUUGACUGCUGGCAAUGGGGUGUAGAUGUGAAGUCGUUCGCAGAUAUACAAAACCGCAUUCUAACAGCGCCCUAGCUUUUUUUCAUAAUGGCUCUACCAUCUGGAUGUUGUUUCCAUAACUGCAGAUACAACUUGACUACAAUCAAGUAUUACUUAUAGAGGAAGCAUCAAAAUACUGUUCGUCUUUGGGUGCCGAGGUGUUAUCGUUUAAUCAUCUAUGCUUCAGUUCUAAAUUAUAAAGUUAGGCUAUAGAGGCUUUUUAUUAGCAUCAUGCUUGGAGUUUUGCAUACUUGUACUGUUAUUAGACCAUGAUAAUAAGAGAAACAUCUAUGAGCAUCCAAAGUUGUUUUUGGAGGGAAUGAUUCAGUAAGCAAUCUGAAAACUCACCCCAAACGUUCAUUCCUUUUGAAUUCCCAGUUUUAAUCACAGCCUACUUUGGUUGUACUCAACUCUUUACAGUUUAAGUAUAUUUGUUGUUUGGUGUGAUUUGUAAAACUAGUUGAAGUAAGUAGCCUGUAAGCUAAUUUGGAGAA